GAGGAAUCUUGUUUGGCAGGAAGAACUCACCUGACAGUCGACCGGCCCUCCUCCUGUACAUUCUCUCACAGAGGAGCAAGAAAGCUGUAUCACUGCGAAGGAGAACCAGAGCUCUGCUUUGAAACCCUUCUCUCUCCUGCCGCGGACACAGCCUCUUCACCAUGGGGAGGAUUGGCAAGGAAACAGUAGGUCAGAUCAUAAGCUUCAUAGGCCUGGUUGGGGUGGCGGUGACCUGCGGCAUCCCCAUGUGGAGAGUGACUUCCUACAUCGGCGCAAACAUCGUGACCGGCCAGAUUAUCUGGGAUGGACUGUGGAUGAACUGUGUGAUGCAGAGCACGGGACAAAUGCAGUGCAAGCUGAGCGAGUCUGUGAUGAGGUUGACCCCGGAUCUGCAAGCCGCCCGUGCUCUGGUCAUCAUCUCGCUUAUCUUUGGUUUCAUUGGCUUCAUCAUCACCUUCAUUGGAGCCAAGUGCACCAGCUGCUUGAAGAAAGAUUCCUCAAAGGCCAAUGUGGUCAUCAUCGGCGGCUGUCUGCUCAUUCUUGCCGCCAUCCUGGUGCUGAUCCCGGUCUGCUGGUCUGCAACCAUCACCAUCUCGGACUACACGAGCACCUUGACCAUCGAGACGCAGAAGAGGGAAAUCGGUGCCUCCAUCUACAUCGGCUGGGCCUCUGCUGCAAUUCUCCUGGUCGGUGGGAUCAUCCUGACCACCUCAUGUCCUCCUCAAAAACCCAUGUAUGGAUACUACCCACCUGGACAAAUGUACCCGUACUCAGGCCCGGCGGCAAACCCAGCGACGUAUGGUCCUGUGUACGCCCCUGCAUCCAGCCGACCGUACACAGCAUCAGGGACAUAUGUCCCCGCCAAACCAUACGCAGUACCAAGUACAUACUCUGUCAGGCAGUACCAGUAAAACUGGGGAGACACUGAGAUAAAGACUGAGGUUUCUCUUUUAUUUUUUUUUACCACUAGAAAACAACACCUAAAAUACACAGUGUGCUUGUAGACACUGGUAGGUCAAACAAUCAUGUGAUUAUAAUGAAAUGAUUUCUCUUAAGAUUCGCUGUGCUCUAAAGUAGAAACGUUUAUCAUGUGUGACGUCAUACGUGUGACGUGAGAAACGCUGUGUCAACCCAACUGUGUGCACUGAGGUUGUGUUGGUUUUCACGUGCAAAAGUCCAGCAGUUAUAUAUUUAUUUUUCUUGUCAUACGGAGCAUCUUUUGUAAAUAGUGAUGAAAUUGUGAGUUGUUGUGAUGAUUGCAUGUUGCCACUUUUUGAGGCUGUUCGACAUAGAUUCAAUAAAAUCUUUGUACUACUAUA